AUGGGCCCCAACGUGGGAGGCCCAGUUGACGGCACACCCAUGAUGGCGCACAUGGUGCGUCCUGGACCCAAGGAGGACCCGCGCCAGGACCCGCGCGGCCAACUCAAUACCUACAUCUACGACUAUCACCUUCGGAACGGCCAUAUUCAGGCCGCGAAAGCAAUGCUGGACAACAACCUGCAGAUGAACCUGCAAACCAAGCCCAAGCAAAGUCCCGGUAGCAGGAAUGUCAAUGGCGUCGACUCCAUGGAGCCCGACGAGGCGGCCGACCUCCCACGGCCUGUUUUGCCCACCGGCCAAUGCGUAGACAAUUCGUUCCUGAUGGACUGGUGGUGCCAGUUCUGGGAUAUCUUCAGUGCCAGGCGGCCCAGCAUGUCGGCGAACCAGAAGGCUGGUCAAUAUAAUCAGCAUGUCAGGCUGGCAAACGACAUGCGCAAUCAACGAAUCAACAUGAUGAAUCCGCAAUAUGCCAACAUGAUGCGCGGCAUCCCGAAUGGCGUCGAUCCGAACCAGUUGAAACGCGCCGCGAUGAAUAACCGGAAUCCUAAUGGGCCGGUUCCCAUGGGCGCCAUGCCCAUGAACAAGCAGGCAAUGCUUCAGUCUGCGCAAAUGUCGCGCGAUGGCUCGGGCAUGGACAUGAACGGGCAACGCCCUCAAUCCCCAAACUCGACCGACAAUGCGCCGUCUCCAAAUAAACGGCCUCGGAUCGAAGGUGAGCCGUUCGUUUCUGCUGCAGCUCGCCCAUUGAAUAUGCACGUUCAUCCAAGGACUCUGUCAGAAGCUGACGAUAUACUCUUUGCAGGAGGCAUGAACGCUGCAGGCAUGGCGGGAAACCAGUUCAAUGAUUUUGGACCGCAGGGGCAGAAUAUGCAGCCAAAAGCCAUAGAGGUAUAUUCCCAAAACCUGGCCCAACGAACAAGAUCAGCCCUGAAUAACCAUGUGCACGCCCAGGCCAUGAACGCUGGCGUACAAGGUUCUCCAAUGAACCAGCAAGGACUGGAAGGUCAUGAUCCCAUGUUUGCCGGUAACCCUUCACGUCCGGGAAUGCCUGCCCAGCCGGGCCAGAGUGGGGGAAAUCAUGCGCUUCAAGACUAUCAGAUGCAACUGAUGCUUCUAGAGCAGCAAAACAAGAAGCGCUUGUUGUUGGCAAGGCAAGAGCACGAUGGUAUUGGCCCUCACGCACAGAAUCCGGUUGCCGCUCAAGGUUUCAACAACGCCAUGUCACCACAGGGCAACAGGCCAGGCCCCUCACCUAACCCUAAUGACAUGAAGAGAGGGACACCCAAACUGAACCAGCAGGGCUUGCCGGGCUCGCCGAUGCCUGACGCAGCGAUGCAACCGCAACGGAACUCUCCUGGUCCUAUGAACUUUGACGCCAGUCAGAUGCCACCGGGGAUGCCUCCGCAAUUCGCGCCGGGUUAUAAUCAGAUGCAGAUGAGGCCUCCCAGCUCCCAUCCUGGCGGUUUCGUCAACGGGCAGCCGCAGCUCACUCCUCAGCAGCAGAUGGAUAUGAUGCGGAAUGGCGCUAUGCAACAGAAUGGCGCAUGGCGGGCUCCAGGACCACAGGGGAUGAUGCCCGGCCAGCCUCAGCCCAUGGGAGGACCCAUGAAUAACCCGCAACAGAGGGGCAAUAUGCCUCCGCCUCCUGCUCCUCAAGCGGGAGAGCAGCCCCGGGCCCAGGAACCUUCUCCACAGCAACCCGCUCAGGCGCCACCAACACCUUCGCAGAGCACCAAGGCGAACCCUAAGAAGAAGCCCACCAAGGACAAUAAGAAGCCCGCCAAAACGAAAGGGGCGAACACAGGUGCAACUCCCGCAGCGUCAGCUGAAGAACCUCCGCCGACACCGACGCCUUCGACACCAAUCACGCCGAUGCAUCCAAAAUCCUUUGGCCAAAACGGACAGCAACAGAACCAGCCUGUGCAGGCUCAACCCCCUGCGGCCCCUCAGGCAGCUCCGGCUAUGGACAACAAUCCGGGUCCCCAAUUCACUGGCCUUGCGGAUGAGGGCGAUCUCACCUUCGACUUCACCAAUCUCGGCGAUGGUCCGCUGGACAGCUUCGACUUUGACAGUUUUAUGCAUGUCGAAGAUGACACGGGCUUUCUGAACGGGGACACCUUUGGUAACUUUGACGAAGUCCAAACGGCCGACCUCUCCUAA